AUGGUAACCAAUUUCUCGUCCCAACGGCUGUCUAUCCCAAUCCAAUGGCUCGCGCACUCUGUCGCCUGCUCCCCUGCUUCGUAUGGCGCCUUCCCCCACCUCUCCUCCGUCGCCGCCUCCUACACCCUAGCCCCAAAACCCUAACCACGCGCCCGGGAGCUCUACGCUCCAUCCAAUCCCUUGUCCUUCCCGGCGACGAGCGUUUGCCUCCGUCCUCUCCCUCUCGCCGCGCGGCCCAGCCGCCACUGGACUACGGAGGCGGCGGAUCUCCGGGGACAAUCGCCGCCAUCGUCACCUCCCUCGGCGGAGGCCCUGCAGCUGUCGGCGUUGUCCGUCUCUCCGGCGCCGACGCCGUCGCCGUCGCCGGUCGCGUAUUCCGGCCGGCCAGAAAGGAGCCGGAGGCCUGGAAGCCUCGCAGCCACUUCGUUGAAUACGGGUUCGCACUGGACGGAGAUGGCAGCGUCAUCGAUGAGGUAUUGGUGGUGCCUAUGUUGGCUCCAAGGUCCUACACCCGGGAGGAUGUAGUUGAACUCCAGUGCCAUGGUAAUGACCUUUGCUUGCGCCGUGUGCUGGGGGCCUGCUUGGAAGCUGGUGCCAGGCUCGCCGACCCUGGUGAGUUCACCCUUCGUGCGUUUCUAAAUGGAAGAUUGGACUUGGCACAAGCAGAGAACGUGUCAAGGCUCAUUUCAGCUAAGUCCACAGCUGCGGCAGACUCAGCAUUGGCUGGCAUCCAGGGAGGGUUUUCUACUCUAGUAAAGUCGUUGAGAUCAAGGUGCAUAGAGUUUCUCACUGAAAUUGAGGCUCGGCUAGAUUUUGAAGACGAGAUGCCUCCCUUGGACCCUAUGAUGCUGGUCAGCCAAAUUACCAGCAUGAGGCAAGAGGUUCAGGAUGCUCUAGACACUGCAAAUUAUGAUAGGCUUUUACAAUCUGGUCUACAGAUAGCAAUAAUUGGCCGCCCAAAUGUUGGAAAGUCAAGCCUCCUGAAUGCUUGGAGUAAGAGUGAAAGAGCUAUCGUUACUGAAAUAGCUGGAACUACAAGGGAUGUAGUAGAAGCAAAUGUCUCAAUUCAUGGAAUCCCUGUUACCCUUCUAGACACUGCUGGUAUACGGGAAACUGAUGACAUUGUUGAAAAAAUAGGUGUGGAAAGAUCGGAGGCUGCUGCACUAGGAGCUGAUAUGGUUAUUAUGACAAUAAGUGCAGUUGAUGGGUGGACCGAAGAUGACACUAAACUUAUCGAACAUGUUAUGAAUGAUAAGAAAUUAUCAGGUUCUGCAGUGCCAAUGGUUCUUGUAAUCAACAAGGUAGAUUGCAAACCAUUUGUUUCAGGAGAACAGUUUGAAAAAUUUAGUGGCAUUUUCAGAAAACAUGUACACACAUGUGCGGUCACUGGUAAAGGCAUUUCUGAGUUAGAGAGGGCAGUAAUAGAAGUCAGAGGCCUUGAACCCAUACCUCCGGGUGGACGACGGUGGACUGUAAACCAGAGGCAAUUGGAACAGCUCCUGAGGACACAAGAAGCAUUUAAAAGACUAGAAUCCUCAAUCAAUGAGCAAUUGCCAAUGGACUUUUGGACUAUCGACUUGAGAGAAGCUGCAUUGGCUCUAGCAACAAUCAAUGGGGAGGACAUAUCUGAAGAAGUUCUGAGUAGCAUAUUUAGCAAGUUCUGCAUUGGAAAAUGAUACCGUCUCCUGUAGAUUCUUGUACUAAUCUGCACAUGGCAUGCGGCUUACCUCUUCCAUGGGAUGGUCUGUACUAUCGAAACCACUUAUCUAAAGUGCCAGACCCAGAACACGGCAGUGAAACCAUCUUCAGUAUGAUGGAUGGACUAAAAAGAUUUUGAUGUUACUAGUUUUUCUUUUCCACUGUUCUCCAUGGAGCUAUGUUGUAUCUGUGAAAUCUUCUGGAUUUGUACACUUCGCAGUAUUUAGGAUCUGCUUCACUCGAUAGUAGAAAAGUGAUUGUACUGCUUUGAGCAUUUGAUCGUGCGCAAAAUUGUAGCAAAUGUUUGUACG